AUGAAUUCUUGGAUACAAGAACAUGAGAAAUAUGGAGCAUUGGAUUUGGAACAUGGAGCAUUGGAUUUGGAACAUGGAGGAGCAUCGAAUUUGGAUUUGGAUUUGGAAUAUUGUUCAGGUUUUAAUGAGGAGAGAAUUGUUGGAAGAUGUAUUUUAAGAAAACUACAACGAAAUGGAGGCGAAAAGAAUGAAAAUGGAGAGUAUGUUCUGAAAUCGAAGGUGGGAGAGGCCUCCUUCUCCACAGUAUGGAAGGCGGAGCACAUCGUCAAUGGACACCAAACGGCGGUGAAGCUGGUCUACCUCUCCAACCUCAAUACUCCACACAUGCGCAGCUGCUUCGACUGCGAGUUCAAUUUCUUGUCCUCCGUCAACCAUCCCAACAUCGUCCGCCUCUUCCACAUUUUCCAUGGUAAAGAUUGCAUUUUUGUGCUUGAAUUAUGUGAGGGUGGAAAUCUAGCUUCCUAUAUACAUCUACAUGGUAGAAUUCAAGAACACAUUACAAGACGAUUUAUGCAACAGCUUGCAGUUGGUUUGGAAGUAAUGCAAUCUCAUCACAUCGCUCAUAGAGACUUGAAGCCUGAGAAUAUUUUAUUGUCAAGCACAGAGGGUGAUCCGGUGUUGAAAAUGGCUGAUUUUGGUCUCUCAAGAUGCAUACACCCAGGUGAUUAUGCUGAGACAGUUUGUGGAUCUCAAUUAUACAUGGCGCCAGAAGUUCUUGCAUUCCAAAGAUAUGAUGAAAGAGUACAAAUGUGGAGUCUUGGUGUAAUCCUUUUUGAGCUUCUUAAUGGGUAUCCCCCUUUUAGUGGAAGGAAUAACUUUCAGGUCCUCAAGAAUAUAAAAUCUAGUACAUGUCUUCCAUUUUCUCAACGUGUUCUUCCUGAAUUACAUUUAGAUUCUGUUGAUAUGUGUGCGAAAUUGCUGUCUCUGAAUCCAAGUUUGUUGAGUUGACAUUAUCUAUUCGACGAUUACAUUCUUAUUCUAUUCUCAAUCC